CCCACCCUUGUUUUUGCAGCGUCGCUGGGAGCCCCACCUUCGUUUUACAGCGCAGCCUAGCCUAGCCUCUAUAUAGCGAGGUCUUCGACAGAAGGAUCCGGGAUAAGGGGGUUAGAGGCGGCUCUGAAAGAUGGAUUUCAGGACAUGUUUCUGCAUCGUUUUGGCUUCCCUCGCGUCUGUCUUGCACGCAGCACCAGAGUUCCUCGGCGGGACCGCUCCACGGACUGCGUUUGCACUAGAGAGCUACGCCAUUAGGAGACCCGUUGCCUUCUACCCUGUCAUCGACCUUGCGAACCCCACUUUCGAAUUGGCAACCAGUCAAGAGUGGGCUGUGUCUAUUACUCUGGCUGGAGCAGGAACUUUGCCAGUUACUAUAACCGUUUACCAGACUAAUUUCCCGCCAACGUUUUUCGUUGAUAACUAUCGUGAAGAAAUAGAUGAGACGGCAUCAGUAGGAUCAACGGUUGUCACUGUAACGGCUGUUGAUUUGGCUGCAGAGCUGGGAUCUGAUCCAUCUGAUGGAGUGUUUGUGUACGAGUUUGAUGGAGAAGAUUCCAUUUACUUCUCCAUUGAUCCAGAUUCAGGAGUCAUCACCUUGGCUCGGAGUGUUGACUAUGAUACUGGAAAUACUGAGUUUGUUUUUAAUGUAGGUCUUUCCCCAACCCCUUCUAGUAAAGUAGCUAACUGCAGUGACAUGUCAUCUCUCACAGUUUACUUUCUGGCCCCCUUCCUCACUUUUCUCUCCGCCAGAUUUGACAUAGAGAGGGACACGCCCAUGUAUACCAUGACUCUGGAAGUCACGGACACUGGGGGUCUUAGUGAUAGUGUCACCAUCGAUGUGACCGUGGCAGAUGAGAACGAUAAUCUCCCAGUCAUCACAAACAACCCUCUGACUGCCGAUGAAUCAGUGCUUGAGUGUCAGUUGGACGGGAGGCCGCUGUCAACUGUCACAGCAGUAGAUACAGCAGACGGUGGUGCCCUUGCAGAGGUGGCUUAUGAGGUAGUGGGAGGUAAGGAGACCUCGGUGAACCCUGCUCCCAGCUCAUUGUCCUUCUCGUUGUCCCCAGGUGAUACAAAUCAUAUCUUACUCAACGAGGAGACUGGAGAGCUUUCUCUUGGCUUUGCACCCAUCGACUAUGAAGAUCCUUUAGAACGCAGCUUCUCUCUCUCAGUGAAAGCCAUAGAUAAUCCCAACGGUCCUGUGACCAGGCAGCAAAAAUCUUUGGAGACGUUCAUACAGACUCUCACUAUUGGGGACUGCAAUGACAACCCUCCAGUGUUUGGCUCACCAACCUACGAGUACACCGUGACAGAGAACAUGAACAAUCUCGUAGGGCCUCUCAUCUCUACUACUGAUGCGGAUGCUACGGUUGCAAAUCAGGGCGUCACCUACCAGAUCACUGACCCAGACCCGGGGAACUGGUUUGACAUUGCUGCAGAUGGGACACUCUCUAUUCGCUCGGAGCAAGUUGUGGACAGAGAACACACGGGUGUCUUGACCGACAGUCAGGGAAAUGGAGUUGUCUCGUUCACCAUUGAGGCAGUCAAUGCUGGGACAUCUGGCACCCUCACUUCCGUUCAGGAUGCCCAAGUUGUGGUGACCAUCAGUGAUCAGAACGACAAUGCCCCAACAAUGGACGAAAACCCACUCACUGGGACGACGUCCAUCGUAGUUCUGGAGGAUGCUCUGGUUGGCACCAUCCUGGCGGUAGUGCGAGCGUCUGACCCUGACGUGGGAGACAAUGCUGUCAUCAUGUAUAAAAUAUCCAGUGGGAACGAUCUCGGUAAAUUCUCCCUGGACGAGACCAAUGGAGUUUUGACUCUGGCAGAGCCAAUCGACUUUGAGAUGGAGGCUCGCUCUACACCGUGA